AUGAAUGCCUCUAUCAUUAACCGUCGCAGAAAUUUGGAAAAGUAUCACGUCCGUUGUUUUUUAUACAAAGAGCCACAUAAAUUGCACAAUUCUAAAACAAUGACUAGUUUGCAAGACUUCAAUAACUUAAUCACUCGUAUGCUGUUCCCUGAAAAUGAAGCAAGAAAAGAGGCAGAAAAACAGUAUGAGAAUAUUGAAUUAUUAACAAAGGCUCAGCUGUUAUUUCAAUUAUUUAUGGACCAAAAUGCUGGUGUUGAGACACGGUCAUUGUGUCUAGUAUUAAUGCGAAGAAUUUUGUCGAACAGAUGGGAUGAGUUAUGGCCUGCUUGGUCUAAAGAAAAUCAGCAGCAGUUUUGUGAGCAGCUUUUAAAAUCAGCUACUGAAGAGCAAAACGCCGUGCUUCGGAAACGUCUGACUGACGUCAUUGCUGAAGUUGCUCGAUCUACUAUUGAGACCGAAACAGGGCGCCAAAGCUGGUCAGGUGUUAUUCAGUUCUUGGAAUUAUGUGCUUCUUCAGAUGUUGCCAUGUUACGUGAAACAGGAAUGAUCUUACUGGAAAAUGUUCCAUCUAUUUUUGGAUGUGAUCAAGAUCGAUAUCUUCCUGGAAUUAAGCAAAUGUUCCAGUCAUCACUACUUUAUAGUAGCAAGGGAUCAGUUAGAACUGCUGCAGUACGUGCAUAUGUUGCUUUCAUGUGUGAAAAUGAAGAAGAUGACAGAGUUAUUAGAUCUCUUUCUGACCAAGUCCCUGCAGUUAUCCAGGUCUGUCAACACGUAGUAGCUACGGAAGAUGAUGAUGAUGUGCCGUUGCAGUGCUUGGGAGAUCUCGCAACAAGUGUCCCGAAAACUCUACAGCCACACCUAAAUGAUGUAUUUACACUCUGCACAUCGACAGUCGCAGAUACACAAAAGGAUGAUUCAUAUCGACACAGCGCUCUCGAAGUAAUGGUAUCGUUGUGUGAGAAUGCUACUGGUAUGGUCAAAAAGAAAGCAUCGUCCUUCAUUCCAGCAUUAUUAGAACAGUGUCUCGAUCUAAUGACUGAACUUGAUGAUGACACAGAAGAAUGGUUGAACUGCGAUAAUGCUGAUGAAGAUAGUGGAGAGGACAAUGCUGGUAUUGGAGAGUCAUCGUUGGAUCGUAUAUCGUGUAGUUUGGGAGGCAAAUUUGUGUUGAAUUCGUUUUUGCAUAUUGUUCCACGCAUGAUGCAAGAUGUUGAAAAUUGGAAAAAUCGACACGCUGCGAUUAUGGGGAUUUCUACUAUUGGAGAAGGAUGUAAACGUCAGAUGGAACCACUUAUCGAAGAAAUUGUUAACAAUGUUCUGCCAUUUUUAGGAGACUCUCAUCCGCGUGUACGUUAUGCAGCUUGUAAUGCUUUAGGACAAAUGUCAAGUGAUUUUUCACCAACACUUCAGAAGAAAUGUCAUGAAAAGGUUGUCAAUGGUUUAUGCACUCUUCUGAUCGAUCUGAACUGUCCGCGCGUUGCGGCUCAUGCUGGAGCUGCACUUGUCAACUUUAGCGAAGAUUGUCCAAAAAAUAUCAUUGCAGUUUAUCUUCCGCAAAUAAUGGAGAAAUUAGAAUUUGUUUUGGACCAUACUUUCAAACAGCUUCUGGAACGCGGCAAGAAACUUGUGUUGGAACAGGUCAUUACAACUAUAGCAUCGGUUGCAGAUGCUGCUCAAGAUCUGUUUAUUGCGUUUUACGACAGCUUAAUGCCUCCAUUGAAGUAUAUUUUACAAAAUUCAAAUGUUGAUGAACUGAAUACUCUUCGUGGUAAAACUAUCGAAUGUAUAUCUCUGAUCGGGUUAGCAGUAGGAAAAGAAAAGUUCGCCAAAGAUGCAAAUGAAAUUAUGCAGAUGUUAUUAGCCAAUCAAGCUCAAUUCGAGCAGAUUUCAGCAGAUGAUCCACAAAUAUCUUACAUGAUUAGUGCUUGGGCGCGGAUAUGUAAAAUUCUUGGGGAAGAAUUUGCUGCUUUUUUGCCGCUUGUGAUGCCUCCAGUAUUAAGGGCUGCAUCAAUUAAACCUGAUGUUACGCUGAUGAAUGACGAAGAUAUUGCUAAUCAGGAGGAGGAUCCAGAUUGGAACUUUGUUCCUCUGGGUGACCAGAAAAUGUUCGGCAUAAAAACAGCUGGAUUGGAAGAUAAAGCUACUGCUUGUGAAAUGCUUGUAUGUUAUGCUCGUGAACUUAAAUCGGCAUUCAGUCCUUAUAUUGAGCCAGUUACUCAACUAAUGCUUCCCCAUCUUAAGUUUAUGUUUCAUGAUGCUGUCCGUUCUGCAGCUGCCGAUAUUUUGCCAUGUUUACUGGAGUGUGCCCGCAGUAGAGGUGAUCAAUUCAGAAUGCAACUUUGGAAUGCUGUUAUAUCAGCAUACAAAGAGGCUAUCGAUGGAGAACAUGAUAAAGAGGUGCUAGCUGAUCAACUUCAUGGAGUAGCACAGUGUAUUGAGGAAUUGGGUCCAUCACUGAUUACUCAGGAGCAGUUGGAACUAAUCUUGGGUAUCGUCAAUCAGCAAAUGGUUGAAUAUACUGAACGGUGUAUAGAGCGUGGAAAACAUAAAGACGAAGAUGAUGAUGAAGAAGAUGCAGUAGAAGCGCUAAAGGAGGAGUUAGAAGAAGAAACAGGUGUACUAGCACGGAUUUCAGAUGUUAUCCAUUGUCUUUUCAAAGCAUAUGGCCAGAAUCUCAUGCCGUAUUUUGAAAAUUUAGCGGACUAUUUUAUCCCAUUGUUGGAUUCGCGAAGGUAUUACAGUGAAAGACAGUGGGCCAUUUGCAUAUUUGACGAUGUGAUUGAAUAUGGUGGUGAAGCAAGUAUUAAAUAUCACUCAUCGUUCUAUGGUCCUAUGCUUAAUGCUCUUUCUGACGAAUAUCCAGAAGUUCGUCAAAGUGCAGCAUAUGGAUUUGGAAUUAUGGGACAGCACGGUGGCAGUAAUUAUGCACAAGCAUGCGCAGGCGCUUUACCGCAUCUAGCAAAUAUGAUUUCAAGAGUUGACGCGAGAUCUACCGAGGAAGGAAAUGUAGCAACUGAGAAUGCUAUUAGUGCCGUUGCUAAAAUUCUUAAAUAUAAUUCAUCGAUGGUCGAUGUGAAUGCGGUCAUACCGACAUUUCUAAGCUGGCUUCCUACUUGGGAUGAUCCAGAGGAAGCGCCGCAUGUUUACGGGUAUUUUGCUGAUCUUAUUGAAAGUAAUAAUCCUUUGGUCUUGGGCGAAAACAAUUCCAAUCUUCCUCGAAUAUUAACCGUUAUUGUACAAGCCUUUGAAAAAGGAGCGUUUGAUGAUGACAUCGAUAAAAAUAAUGUCAAACAUCGUUUGAUCAACAUAUUGAAAUUCAUGCAGGCAGAUAAAAGUCUUUUUGAAGCUGUGGUUGGUGGUGCAGUCUUAACUGAGUCCCAAAUGACUACACUACAUCGAUUGCUAGCAUGA